AGGAAGAAUGUUUGCUGCGCAGGGUACACUGAAGAUGGUGAUACAUGUAUCCCUGUGUGCAACCCCGGGUGUGAUCGGGGUGAGUGCGUCUCCCCUGGGCUCUGUGACUGUGAACGAGGCUGGCGGGGCUCUGCUUGCAACUACACCUGCUCUGACGGCACCUGGGGAGACAACUGCACCAACCAGUGCUCGUGUAAUGAUAACGGCUCUUGCGACCCAGAAAACGGAGACUGCCUGUGUCAUCCAGGUUACGAGGGCCUUACCUGCGAGGAGCCAUGUCAGACUGGUUACUAUGGAGAUAUGUGCCUUUUUGAGUGCCAAUGCAAGAACAACGCGGAGUGUGACCACGUGACUGGGGUGUGCACUUGUCCCUCCGGCUACACGGGUCCAUUGUGUGAAGACACGUGUCAGAAUGGAACGCACGGGGUCGGUUGUGAGAACGUGUGCAAGUGUCAGAAUAACGCCACGUGCGACCACCGCAACGGCACGUGCAGCUGUGGCGCCGGCUGGAUGGGCAUUUACUGUACAGAGCCAUGUCCUCCGGGACAGUAUGGCCGGGGAUGUGUCAACACUUGUACAUGUUACAACGGCGCCCUCUGCAGUGCAGACACUGGCCAGUGUCACUGUGCCCCAGGAUACAUGGGAGAUAAGUGUCAAGACCAAUGCGGAGAGAAUUAUUGGGGUGUCGGGUGUUUACAUCAGUGCGACUGUCUGUAUGCCUCACACUGCUUGCCUCACAAUGGUACCUGUGUUUGCAGCCAGGGUUACAGCGGCGAGAAGUGCGACAAGAGAGAGUGUCCAGAGAACAAGUGGGGAGUUGGCUGUGAAAACAACUGCACGUGCGAGUUCAGCCACACGACUGCAUGCAAUGGCGAGACCGGCCAGUGCCUGUGUUCAGCAGGUUGGAGGGGAAGCACAUGUCGAGAAACUUGCCAGCCUCCCUACUACGGGGACAGGUGUGAAAGUGUGUGUACCUGCCACAAUGGCGGCCAGUGUCAUCACGUGACAGGGAAUUGCACCUGCCCUCCUGGGUUCAUCGGUGAAAAGUGCGAAACUAAAUGUCCUACAGGAUUCUGGGGUCUUUUGUGCCUGCAGCAGUGCGCAUGUGCAAACGCUGAAUACUGUUUAUUUGACAGUGGGCGGUGCAUGUGUAAGCCAGGAUGGCAAGGACUGACAUGCGCAGAGCACUGCGAUGUGGGUUACUAUGGAAGGGAGUGCCAGGAGACCUGCAUGUGCUCCCAGCACGGGGAGUGCGAUCCGGUGACGGGAAAGUGCAUCUGCCAGCGGGGCUACAACGGCACCGAGUGUGAGCUGCCCUGUCAGGGCUACUAUGGUUAUGGAUGCCGACAGGAAUGUGACUGCGACAUGGAGCAUACAACCAGCUGCGAUCACGUGACUGGAGAGUGCGCGUGUCAGGAAGGUUUCACAGGUCUGAGAUGUGAACUGAAAGCUUCCUGCCCCUCUGGACUGUUCGGGUCUCGCUGUGAACAGCGCUGUAGGUGCAACCAUGGACUGUGUGAUCCUGUCUCUGGUGACUGUCAGUGUUUCUCUGGCUACACAGGCAACACGUGUGAGGAAGUGUGUCCUAACGGAAGCUGGGGGGACCGGUGUAGCAAAUCCUGUGCGUGUAACAGCAGUGAAGCAGCGUGUGACCACGAGACUGGGCGGUGUCCAUGCCCUGAUGGUUACAUCGGUCUGGCUUGCGAGCGAGAAUGUCCUCCUGGGACCUGGGGGUCCAGAUGUCGGUACCAGUCCCAGGUGUGUGUGUACGGAGUACAAAGUCACGUGGCCAAUGUAUGCGACUGUAUACCUGGAUACAGGGGAGCGCACUGCAACGAGACAUGUCCGGCAGGGACGUAUGGCGAGGACUGUGGCUUCACGUGCACGUGUGCCAACGGUGGGUCGUGCAGGUCGACUGACGGUUACUGUGAAUGUGCUGCCGGCUACACGGGCCUCGACUGUAGCAUUACUUGUCCGGCGGGCACCUACGGGAUGUUCUGUCGCUCGACAUGCAGAUGCAACGCUACCCAGGUCUGUGAUCCCUUCAAGGGCUGUUUGGGGUCAUCAUCGGCUGAUGGACUUGUCGAUACCGGAGAAAGUACCGCGCGUGGGAGCUUGACAGACGAUCACACCCACGAAAUACUCAACCCAGUUCUACUGGCCAUCAUUGUGAUAGCUAGCUUACUCCUCAUCGUCGUCAUCAUCUUAAUCAUUGUCUUUCGACGACGGAUGAAACACCUGACUACUCUAGUCUACAACGCCAGACGGCAGGAGGUGGUUGUUCACACAGAAGCAUCGCACGAGCCUACAGGUUUCGACAACCCUGUUUAUUCCACAACAAGAGACAGAGAAAUUGCCUCCCUUCCAUGUCAAGCUGGACAAGGGGCCUACUGGACGCCUCAGCACCGACUGGGUCAUCUGCAAGGCUUACCUCCAUCAUACGAGGAAAUCCAUGGAGCAGUAGGGGGCGCAGCUGCUGUGGCUGCUCCGAUGGAAAAGACGAUCAACCUCGACAUUGUGUCCCCCUACGAGGAGGAUUUGAACCGACGACUGGCACAGAAGGCAGGCCUUAAUGAUGACCAUAAGGAGGCGAACCCUAUGUAUGCAGCCCUUGACAACGCGUCUCUGUCGUCAGACAGCGACGAACAUUGUGACAACGAGAAGUCCUGUUAGUGAUGUGAUGUGAGGAGUCCUGUGAGUGAUGUGAGGAGUCCUGUGAGUGAUGUGAGGAGUAAUGUGAGUGAUGUGAGGAGUCCUGUGAGUGAUGUGAGGAGUCCUAUGAGUGAUGUGAGGAGUCCUGUGAGUGGUGUGAGGAGUCCUGUGAGUGAUGUGAGGAGUCCUGUGAGUGGUGUGAGGAGUCCUGUGAGUGAUGUGAGGAGUCCUGUGAGUGAUGUGAGGAGUCCUGUGAGGGAUGUGAGGAGUCCUGUGAGUGGUGUGAGGAGUCCUGUGGGUGAUGUGAGGAGUCCUGUGGGUGAUGUGAGGAGUCCUGUGAGGGAUGUGAGGAGUCCUGUGGGUGAUGUGAGGAGUCCUGUGAGGGAUGUGAGGAGUCCUGUCAGGCAUGGACACACAGCACAAGAACGCCCGCAGUAGCAGUCUCCCUGUUCACUUCACUCCUGUGUUCACUCCAUCGUUGUGUGUACAUACAUUUUAUGAACAUGUAAAUGACACAUUUCAUAAGUGC